ACACAUUUCUUACGGUUGGCUUCAUAUCAAACCACAAAACUCUCUUUUAAGCAACUCUUGUUUCAUUGGCAGUGCCUCUGCAAUGGCAAUAACUCUACACUCACUCGCAUUAGCAGCUUCGGUCUCACACUGCUGGCACCCACAUCAACCACGCUCCCUCUCAGGUAUGUUAACAUGGUCUGUUCAUGGAAGUGCACACUCGCCCUUUGCAGGGCAAUCUUUACACCUGACUCACCCAUGCAUGGCCCCAAUAAGACAAAACUCUCAGAUAUCUGGACACAUAAUAAUGAUGGUCAAACCAACAAUCCAGUUCAUCCAAGGCACCGAUGAAUUGACAAUACCAGAUGUGAGGCUAACCAAAUCAAGAGAUGGUACAAAUGGUAUGGCUAUAUUCAGUUUUAAUCAACCUUCGGUUUUUGACUCGUCCAGUGAAAUUGGUGAUAUCACUGGAUUUUAUAUGAUUGAUGAGGAAGGGGUUCUUCAAUCAGUUGAUGUAAGUGCAAAAUUUGUUAAUGGAAAGCCUUCAAGGAUUGAAGCAAAAUAUGUAAUGCGGUCUCCACGAGAGUGGGACAGAUUCAUGAGGUUCAUGGAGCGGUAUGCAAAUCAGAAUGGCUUGCAAUUUGUCAAGAGUUGAGGCAAUGUACAUUCUCUUGUUUUUCCCUCAAUUUGCUUGUAUCCUGUACCUCUUUGGUUUCGUAUAAUGCAAGCGAAACUUGAAGGCCUCUGUUGAUACUUUGUAGGUUUAAUGCAAAUACCAUAUGCUCCCCUUUCUCCAUCAAGACAAUAAAUUUUGCUGUUUCUAUUGAUGUAUGAUUCUCUUUCCUUCAUUAUGUACAUCUUAGUUGACUA